AGUCAGUCGUCCUCAGGCCUCAGGGACAACUCCGCCUGCGACGCAACCAAACUCGACGCCACAGCCUCCGCCUCAGGCAUAGACGACGACACAACCACCUGCUCAACAAGAAAAACAUGGUUGUUACAACUUUUGCAUCGCACUCAGGUGCAUCCCACACCACCAUCCUCUCUCUGCCUCUGCUACUCAGCCUGGUCCCUCGUUACUCUAGCAUGACUUAUAAAUUCUAUAUAGUGUUGAAUUUUAGUCUCAAAUAUGUCGCCCAUCUCUGCUCGAUUCGGUUCCCGUCGUUUCCUACGGAGCUCAUCUGUUACAUCUUACCCUCAGGAACGAUCGUCGUUGUGCAAUGGUUCUCCAUUUUCCGCAGGGACACGUUACUGAUAUUUCUUCUGACAACCUUGACACUUGUCAUAAUGAAGGUAUGACACUUCGAGGGUACAAAUCUAUUCGGAGAGCCCCCUCGAUCGAGUGGCCUACAGUCUUUCCUAACUGGCCCACUGGCAGCUGAGAAUCAACGGCCCAGACGAGUUCCCGAAC